CACUCCACUCCAGAAUUAUGCACACCCAAGAGAGGAGGGAACAGCCUAUCCCCUGCCAUCCCAGGCCCACUCUUCCCUUCCUUGCUGGCCUUUCUAGCUGUAACAUGAAUCUAGAGUUCUUCCUGCUUUCAAAGCCUCUCCCUUGUUUCUGAUCCCUGAAGCCUCACUUGGACCCUGCUUCUCUCACCCAUGGCCCUUCAUUUCUUUCUGUACAUGAGUGGAGUGGACUAUUAUGCUCUGCCGGACUCAUCUGACCUCCUCAACACUCUUAAUACGCUUAGUCACUGAGUGAGACUCUAUAAUCUUAGAACUAACUGCCCACAUCUGCUUCCUUUGAGGGUUUUGGCCCAGCCCCUGGAGCCACUGCCUAUGGGUCCUCAAGGCCACCAGUAAAUCCUUAGACACAGGAGGUGGGGCAAGGAGAGCAGGAAACUUUGCCCUCAGCAAGAGAACCAUGCAAGAAAGGAUUUGGGGCAGGAAUGGUGUCCAGGAACGACAGGCUUCUCUUUGCUAAGAGUGUUCUCUGCGCUUUGCCUGCUCAGUGUGAGUGCAUCUCAGUCCAUGUGGGACAGGCCAAUGUGCACAUUGGCAAUGCCUGCUGGGAGCGCUACUGCUUGGAACACGGGAUCCAACCAGAUCGACAGAUGCCCAGCAACAAGACCAUCGGUGGAGGGGACAACUCCUUCAACAACUUCUUUAGUGAAACCGGGGCUGGGAAGCAUGUGCUCGGGGCUGUGUUUGUGUGUCUGGAGCCCACGGGGAUUGAUGAAGUUUGGACGGGCACGUACCACCUGCUCUUCCAUCCAGAGCAGCUCAUCACCAGCAAGGAAAACACUGCCAAUAACUACGCCUGAGGUCACUACACCAUUGGAAAGGAGCUCAUCGACCUGGUACUGGACCAAAUUCGGAAGCUUCCCACUUUUUAGGCUGAGCAGUGCACGGGACUCCAAGGCUUCCUGGUCUUCCACAGCUUCGGAGGG